UUGUUUAACUUCCAUGCAGGCAAACUCAAUCAUAAACAUGCUCUCUUGUUUCCGCCCUUCACUUGCCGAGUUGGAGACCUGCGCAGAGUGUGAUUUACUCUCUUUUUUCCAUGUUUAAAUCGUUAUGCAGUGUACAACAAGUAAGAGACUAUUUCAUCACCGAAAUCAUUUCAGAACAACAAGCUCUUCAAUUAUUCCUAACUGCCUUAACCUACUCUCCUCCUGUAAGGUCAAAUACUUUUAAAGCUAUGUAUGAAUUCAUUCAUUUUAUUUUUCCUCUAUCUCUAUCUUUUGUGGAAAAUAUAAUAAAAAUAAAUAGCCAUCCAAAGACAAAACACGAGGGAAAUGAUAAGUGAAAGCUGGAAUGAUUGUGGUUUCAAUAAAUAAUUUUCAAUUAGUUGAGUAUAGAUAUAAAAUUUCUCAAUUGACUAUGUCAAUGUUCAUUGGCCGUUGGUUACGUGUCAGUGUGGAAAAUGUAAAGCAUCCAUCCAAACACAUAAAUUGAUGCCUUCAAAGUCAAUUGAUUAUGUAAUGCUCAAGAGUGAAAUUUGUGUAACUUAUAAUAUACAAAUUCAAUUUAAUCUUCAAGCUAAAAUGGGAAACCAACUCAAUGGACUCUGCAAAUAAUCUUCUCUACCUUCUCAUAACCCAAAAUCAUUGCCUGCUAAACUCUUUCCUUCUACUCCUUUUGACAUUCUCUUUAUGCUCUUGUUCUACUGAUACCAUAUCUAUUCACAAUCCAAUAACAGAUGGCGGUGACCUUCUCAUUUCCAAAUCUAAAACAUUUGCUCUUGGAUUCUUCACUCCUGAAAAAUCCACUUCUCGCUAUGUUGGAAUUUGGUACUACAACUUGCCAAUCCAAACUGUUGUUUGGGUUGCAAACAGAGAUACUCCCAUCAAUGAAACUUCUGGCAUUCUAUCAAUCGAUCCGAGUGGAAAUCUAGUACUCCACCAUAACCUUAGCACCAUUCCCAUUUGGUCUACCAAUGUUUCAUUACCACAAUCACUAACAAAUAACAAUAACACUUCUGUUAUAGCUCAACUAUCAGAUUUAGCGAACCUUGUUCUCAUGCUUAACAACACCAAAACAGUCUUAUGGGAAAGCUUUAAUCAUCCAACAGACACCUGGCUUCCUUAUCAAAGACUUGGUUUUGAUAGAAAGAAUAAUCAAAACCGGUUCCUUCAAUCCUGGAAGACAGAUGCUGACCCUGGAAAAGGUUCAUUCACAGUGAACUUCACUACCAUUGGUAAACCUCAGUUGUUUAUGUACAACCAUGAUGUUCCUUGGUGGCGUGGGGGACAUUGGAACGGAGAGUUAAUUGUAGGUCAACCUUAUAUGAAACGAGAUAUGCCCUUUUGUAACAUUUCUUUAGUUGAAGAUAACAACUAUGUAGCACUCACAUAUAACAUGUAUGAUACGUCCGUCAUUCUUAGGAUAGUGCUUCAGCAAUCUGGGUUCUUUAAAGCAUUCACGUGGGACAGUCAAGAGAGUCAAUGGAACCAGUACUGGUCUGAACCAACAAACCAAUGUGAUAACUAUGGAACAUGUGGAUCAAACAGCAAUUGUGAUCCUUUGAAUUUGGAGAGCUUUAAGUGUUCUUGUUUACCAGGCUUUGAACCCAAAUUUCCACGUGAUUGGUAUGACAGUAGAGACGGGUCAGGAGGAUGUGUAAGGAAGAAAGGUGUAUCUGUUUGUGGGAGUGGAGAAGGGUUUGUCAAAGUGUUAAGCUUGAAAGUUCCUGAUACAUCAGUGGCGGUUGCUAAAGGUGGAUUAAGUUUGGAAGAAUGUGAGAAAGAAUGCUUGAGAAACUGCUCUUGUGCUGCCUAUGCAGCCGUUGAUGUGAGAAAUGGUGGAAGUGGGUGUUUGGCAUGGUAUGGGGAUUUAAUGGACAUUCAGAAACUUAAUAAUCAAGGACAAGAUUUGUUAUUACGCGUCGAUAAAUUUGAACUAGCCAAUUACUACAAAAAACGCAAAGGAGUCCUUGAUAAAAAAAGAAUGGCUGCAAUUCUGGUAGCUUCUAUUGUUGCAAUAGUUCUCCUCCUCUCGUGUGUAUAUUGCAGGCGGAAGAUACAAAGAAAGGAUAAAAUAAUGCGGCAAUUAAACCAAAAUUCUUCUGGAGAAGAGAACAAUCUUCAAAUAAUGACACAUUCAGAUCUACCAUUUUUCAAUUUUAAAACGAUAAUGACAGCUACAAGAAAUUGUGGUCAUGAGAAUAAGCUGGGACAAGGUGGAUUUGGCUCUGUCUAUAAGGGUUGCUUGGUUAAUGGACAAGAGAUAGCAGUGAAAAGAUUAUCCAAAAAUUCAGGUCAAGGCAAAGGAGAGUUUAUAAAUGAAGUUACACUUUUAGUUAAACUCCAACACAGAAAUCUUGUGAGAUUGCUCGGUUGUUGCUUUGAAAAAGAAGAAAGGAUGCUAGUUUACGAAUAUCUACCAAACAAAAGCCUAGACUUCUUUAUAUUCGAUCAAAUCCAAAGGUCGUCCUUGGAUUGGGGUAAGCGUUUUGAGAUUAUUUGUGGGAUUGCUCGAGGUGUAUUAUAUCUUCAUCAAGAUUCAAGGCUGAAAAUAAUUCAUAGAGAUCUGAAAGCCAGCAAUGUUCUCCUUGAUGGUGCAAUGAAUCCCAAAAUCUCAGAUUUUGGUAUGGCUAGAAUAUUUGGAGAAGAUGAGAUCCAAGCAAGAACAAAAAGAGUUGUCGGAACGUAUGGAUAUAUGGCACCGGAAUAUGCAAUGGAAGGACGAUAUUCAACAAAAUCUGAUGUCUUCAGCUAUGGAGUCUUGCUACUAGAAAUUAUUGCUGGACAAAGAAACUCACAUAGUGAAAAAGAAAGAUCCUCCCCUAAUUUAAUUGGACAUGUGUGGACACUAUGGACAGAGGGAAGACCCUUGGAUAUAGUUGAUCCAACACUAAACCAGUUUUAUCCCUCUGCUAUUGUUCUGAGAUGCAUUCAAAUUGGACUCUUGUGCGUGCGAGAAAUUGCCAUGAAUAGACCAUCAAUGUUGGAAGUUGUUUUCAUGCUAUCCAAUGAAACACCUCUUUCCCCACCUCAAAAACCAGCAUUUUUAUUCAACGGCAACAAAGAUUUGGAAGAGUCUUCAACAUCAGGAGGAGGUUCCUCGAUAAAUGAAUUAACAGAAACUACCCUUAUUGCUCGUUAAAAGCUACGUUAAUCAAAUAUGUAAUUUUGUGUUCAUACUUUUCCAUCAGAAUUGAGUUUGCAGGCAUUUCUAGAGGUUCUUUAGAAACAGGAAUGUUUAAUCACCGUGGUAUUGUAAAAUGAAUACUUGAGUAAGAGUCUGUUUCAAUAAGUUUA